CACUGAAGACUGCAUAUCUCUGUAAAAAGACACAACUCAUCUUACACUGUCAAAUUCACUAGGAAACCCAGCGACCAAAGUGUUUCAGGAUUUAUUUUAAAGGCAAGUGAGACCACUUCAAACCAAACAGUUUAACACUUCCAAGAACCAGCUAAGAGAAGGCAGAGAUGAGCAGCAGCAGUCCUGAGGCUGACACUAACACAGUUGCCAUGGACCCUCAUGAGCAGAGGGAGAGCACAGAGGACAAUCGGCAUAAGGAAAAGAUGGAGUUACUGGACCAGUUUGACAAGGAAAGAAAAGAAUGGGAGAGUCAAUGGAAGAUCAUGCAGAAGAAGAUCGAAGAGCUUUGCCAGGAAGUAAAGCUGCAGAGAAAAAUGAACAUGAAUGAAUAUUCUAAGGUCAUUGAUCUUCACCGUGAUCAAGAUAAAAUAGAAUUUCCCCCAAAUCACCUCAACUCAGGACAAUGCAAAUUAAGAAUGCUGAAUUACCGAGAAGAUCCAGAAAAGGAAAAGAAAACAGAAAGGGAUUUCCUUGGGGAAGAAAGUCAAGGGUCUCCAGAACAGAACAUUCACGGAGAAACCAAGAUGGAGUUUUGGAAUCCUUUGGCCACAGACAGGAAGGCAUGUGAGCCCUGGGCUGCUGAGGACACUUCUAAGGAGAAAAAAGAUUUUUCUGUCGCCCUUAACACAGCUCUCGAAGAACUUGCAAAAGUUAGUGAAGAAUUGUGCACCUUUCAAGAGGAAAUCCAAAAGCGUUCUGAUCACAGAAGGAUGAAAUCAGAUCCUGUUCUCCAGGAAAUGCUAAAGGCAAUCCCUGUGCCUCCUGAGGACCACUUGAUCAGCAAUGGCCAGGGCAUUCUUCCAACCAGUUUGGAGAAAGAAAUGCAGAGAAAGAAUCUGAGCUGUGCCUGUGGACUCCAAAACAAUUCUACAAACAACUGUGGAAUUGGUACAACUGGUUUACAAAGAAGCGAAACUCCACCGACUCCCCCUCCAAGAAGUACCUCUCGAAAUCUCCCCAGCUCAUAUUAUGAACAAGCCCAAGAAAAACUGAAGGAAAGUUUAUACCACGGGUGGGUGGCCUAUGAGAUUCAAGACAAAACAGCUCGCAAUCCUCAUUUCCUCUUGAGGCAGUCUCCGUUGUUUCCACAAGAAGGCAAGAGUUUGAAAGAUAGUACCAUGUUUUCCUCUUGGACACCAGAAGUCAAAAUAGAUAGAAAUCCUCCAGGUAACAAAGACAUUGGACUUAAUUUGUGGUCAUGUGAUACUAUAUUAGGUACAAAAGAGAGCCCUUCCAGGCCAUCUCAAAAAGCCAGUUUUACCUCCAGUGGAGCAAAAUUUGAAAAGGUGUUUCCAGAUAACCCUAUGAAAUUGCAUCUUGAUCUUCAUGUGAAAAAUGACUUUCUUCCCUCAGUGACACAGAGGGACCCAGUUAGAAGUUACAACUGCAAUUUCGAACCAACUCCAAGGAAUGAAAAGCUGGCUACAAAGAUUGAUGAGUUUAACAGAACUGUUUUUAGAACAGACAGAAGUUGUCAAGCAGUACAGCAAAGUGAAAGCUAUACAAAACUGCCUGACACUCUCAAUACCUGUGAUAUCUCCACUGCUCAGAGGGCUUACCUAUCAGAAAGUAACAGUGGGACCAGUGUUCUGAAAGCUAGUGACGAUGUGUCUGGGCCCAUCGAAAAUGUGUUCAGUGACCCCACAAAAAUAUACUCGGCAGGCCUGGUCAAACAAGUGCAGAUGCGUGAGAGUCCCAGCAGUUAUCAGCUUAUGCUCCACGAGCAUGACUGGAGAUCAAGCAAUUUUUCUAGCCGGCCAAGAUCAGCUGAUCCCAGAUCAAAUUACGGUGUUGUGGAAAAGCUGCUGAAAACCUAUGAGACAGAUACAAGAUCUGCACUGCAAAACUCAAAAUGCUUCAGGAAUAACUGGACCAAAUGUGGUUCUGAUGAGUCCAUAGCAGUGAAAGCCUCCAAUGGGAAAGGAUUUUCCCGACCUGCUAGACCAGCAAAUCGUCGGCUCCCAUCCAGAUGGGCAUCCAGAUCACCAUCUGCACCCCUAGCCUUGCGGAGGACUGCCCACAGAUAUAAAGUCUCUCUGCAAACAGAAGCCUAGAUGCUCUAUAUCUCUAGCCUGGAUUGCUGGAUUACAAAAGUUCUCAUACCUUUUGCCAAACUGAAUACUGAGAAUGUUUACAAACAGUCCUGUUCAUUUCUGUAUCUUCUAAGACCACUGGAACAAGUGAUCUAAAUCCCAACUUUCCAUCAUCAGUCUUCAGUGUUUUUAAUCUAUAGGAUAAUUAUAUCCUUGUAUUUUAAUUUCUUGCAUUAGAUUUUUUUAUAGGCAUCCUCAUUGACUUUCCAAUAUGAUUUAAGUUGACACAGUGUACUAUAUUGUAUAUUCUAACUUUCCUUGAAAAUGCAGAAAACAAGGUUCUGUGCAUGGCAAUGUGUUUGUGGGUGCAUGUGCUGUCAUGGGAAGUAUUCUGGUAUGUAUUUAGGUAAAAAUUUAUGUGCUACUGUUGACUUUGAAAUUAUAACAUGUAGACCUAUAUAUUCUUUGUGCUUAUUUUAAAGUUUUGAAAAUAUACAAUCCUACUUAUAAUUUGCAUACCUUUUAAUAGGUAUUCACCUAAGGCAUUUGAUGUUCAUAUAUCAUUUAAUGACUUCUUUGGCCACCAACUAUAUUGAAAAAUAAGAAUUAUACACAAACCUAACAUUAACAAUUUUCCUGAAAUCAAUCUUAAAUAGCAUUUUAACCCAUAUGAAAAUGGCUGAUACUGUUGAUUUUUUGUAAAAUGAAAAUGUCACAGGUUUAAUAUAGCAACCUUCUAGAGCAAGCAUAAGAUGCUCACACACACUUUUAUAUAUCAUCUGGUAGUCUCACAUGGCUUUAACUGUAUACUUGUUUCUCAGAGCCAGGAUCAUUAGACUGCCUUAAUAAUGACAGGACAGAGUAAUGAAUUUAUUUUGUCAUUCUUAGUAACAAACAUUCUUUAAACGAGAUAAAAAAAAAAGGCAUCAAAUCAUGCUGAAUUUUUCUUUUUUGUUAAAAUGGUCCCAAGUUUUCAGUUGUCUGUUUUAUCUCAAAUUCCUCUGUAGAGGUAAGUUGCUUGGUGUGUUUGUUUGUUUGCUUGUUUUCUUCCUUUAUUCUAAUCAUGUCCCCAAAGUUAGUAGAUAAAAUACUAAUUCACUUUACAUAAUUAUGUAAAACAAGAAUGAACAGAAACAGUAUUUUUUUGACAUCUCAAUUAUAUUGUAUUUCUGACACUGUGUAAAAAGGCCUUAAACUAAAUUGGGCAUUGAUAAUAACAUAAGAAACAGAGAUGUACAUCAAGGGUAUAAUCUGCUUACACCUGAUGCAUGAAAUCUGUACUGAGACAUGGCCUAGAAGAAGUAGAAGAGUUACGGUACGUAGAAUUCACACAGAUGAUCUGAGAAACAACUUUGCUGUACAUCACUCCCAUAUAAAAGCAAUUAUUUUAAAUGCUUUGUUAAAUAUUAAUUCUACUUUACCCAAAAAUGUUGAGAAAUUCUCUUUGCCAAACAAAAUCAGUGGGCUUUCUGCUUUUAAUAUGCUAGCCACUAAAAGGAUUCCACCUUAUUAUACCAUUCCCUGGAGUAAAGAAAAUAAUUUUUAAAUCACAGAUUGCCUUAAAAGGCUCAAGACUGUAGCACGGUGAUGGCAAGAUUCAUGGUUUAUAGUAAGAAGACUUCUAGGGCUUAAGUGGUAUUAGGUGUCUAGAAUGUGAGUUUGUAACAAAUCACGAAGGUUAUAGAUACACUCUUCUCAAUCUUUCAUACUUUAGGGAUUUUUUUUUUUUUUUAAUCGCGGGAGAGUAGUCUAGAUCCCAGAUGCUAGUUAGAGUAUAUUUAGAAUAAAGAAAACACUGGAGAAGUGGUUCCUUGGGGAAUGAAAUAAUAACCUAAAGCUAUUGCCGUGGUCACAUCUGUUCCUCGGUGUUCCUGAAUCCCAGGCAGUCUGGGAAUGAUCUGUGGUCUCUGAAUCUGAAUGUUGAGGUCUCCUUUAAAAGUGGGAAAUCCUCAUCUCAUCCCCCCAAAUAAUAAAGAUUUCCAGUAGAGGAGACCUGGGAUUCUUAGAGUAUUUAAUAAAGCAAACAAUGUGAUAUAUUUGAUGACCACACUGACUUGGAAGCAGGGGCGCUGAGUAGAAGCUGAGCGGGUUAGGACUUGGAGUGUCUUUAGUAACACUUCCCUUUGUCACCCACAAACAGUUGCCUUGCCCGGCUUCUGAUGCUUUAGCUGCCUCUUCUGUUAUCAUCUGAAUUGACCAAUGGGGCCAUUUUAAUACCAUAUAUUAAUGUGAAUCAUAAAAUAUUAGAACUGAGAAAAACUAGCUUUUAGUCUGGCUCCUUGACUAGAAAACUGAAGAAAUUAAAACAAAUUGAUUCGUCUAUAUUCUCUUUUAAAAUAGUUUAUAAAUUUUAUGGGAAAACUUAGUAGGAAAGUGAAAGUUGUCACUGAAAAUAUUUUUUGAAUUGUGAUUUUUAACUGGUUCUUUUUCUAUGCUAGGUAGAUAUUUUCUUCACUGAAACCUUCAUUACGCCAUCAUCCUUGAGUUUAAGGUCUUUUAAUCAUUUACAGAAACAUUUUAUUAGGAAUAUCUAUUUAGAAGACAUUUUCCCUAGCAGAUUUUGAAAAAAAAAUAAAGGUCUCUUUUUUUCACAAGGGAUUAUUGAAACUUUUAGCUGAUCUCAGAACCAGAGUACUUGAAAAUCUCUCUCUCUCUCUCUCUCUCUCUCUCUCUCUCUCUCUCUCUCUCUCUCUGUGUGUGUGUGUGUGUGUGUUCCUCUCUCUCCCUCUUUCUCUCUCUUUCCCCCUUUCUCCCUCCCUCCCUUCUUCCCUCCAUCCUCCUUUUCGCUCUGUGUUUGCACUUUUAUGUAUAUUAUCAAUAUUUGCCUUAUAUCCACAACACAAAUAUAAAAAUAUAAGUGAUAAUUUGUCUUAUUCAGCACUUCAAACAUGACCCAUGCCUUUCACUUGUCCUUAUAGGAAAUGAAGGAUUCAUUAUGCUGACCUUUCCCCAAAACAUGAUUUACUUCUAUGUAAAUGACUUAACAAAGCCACCACAAAGUCUUAAAACAAAGCAUAGAAUUCCCAAAAGAGUAUUAAGUUCCAUUUAAAAAGUCUUUAAAGUUACAUGUUUUCAGAUGAAAAAUAAUUAUUUGAUAUUGAAGU